AUGAACCUUGAAGCAGCAACAACAAAAGCAGGAGAGCAGAUAGUAACCAGAAAGUACAAUCAGCGAACAAAUGAUUGGGACGUGAAAAUUAUCACAGUCAAGAAAAAGUUUGAGUACAUUCCAGUGAUGAUGGUGAAGAUUUUUAACAUGAGAAAAGAAGAUACUGAUAGUGUUACGAGGCGGCUGUCUUUGAAUGAAAGCGACCCUGCUUUGCUGGCUCUCACCAUCGCUGAAAAACAGGCACCCCCUUCAAAGGAACUUUUUAUGGCACGUAAGAGCAGAUUUCAAUCUGGUACUGAAGAUCAUUCAGAGAAUUCCUCAAGUAGUAAUAAAAAUUCAAAGAGGACAGACAGAAAAUUGUUGUUGCUCAAAAUAUCUAAAACUAAGUUGGAACUUUUCAUCAGUAGGAUAUUGCCCUAA